AUGGUCAAGGCUGGUGCUAUGCUUGCUACGGGCAUCUUCAACUCCGGCGUCCGCAUGGACUCCGAUCCUGCCAUUGCUCUAUUGGGUGACGAAGACAACAUCAACUCUAAGAACAAGAAUAUUCGUCUGGCUUCCAUCAUGGGUCUCGGCCUCGCAUAUGCAGGUUCUAAUAAGACAGACCUGCUUGAGGUUCUCCUUCCUAUUGUCACCGACACCAGCCUCGACAUGCAACUUUCUGCCAUGGCUGCCCUGUCUCUUGGCAUGAUUUUCGUCGGUUCGGCAAACGGAGACGUGACUGAUGCCCUGAUGAACACGCUCUUGGACGAGGACCGAACCAAGCAGCUCAAGGAUAAGUGGACACGCUUCAUGGCCCUUGGCCUUGCUCUGCUCUUUUUCGGUCAACAGGAAGAAGUUGACGUCAUCUUGGAAACUCUAAAGGCGCUCGACCAUCCCAUGGCCAAGUCUGCAUCCGUACUUACCGAAGUAUGUGCGUGGGCAGGUACUGGUGCCGUGUUGAAGAUCCAGCAAUUGCUUCACAUCUGCAACGAGCACAUUGAAGAGGACGAUGAGAAGAAGGGCGACGAGCUACUACAGUCAUACGCUGUCAUUGGUCUUUCAUUAGUCGCCAUGGGUGAGGACGUCGGCCAAGAGAUGAUUCUCCGCACUCUUGGCCACCUAAUGCAUUACGGCGAGGCCAACAUCCGCAAGGCUGUGCCUCUCGCUCUCGGUCUCAUCAGCCCCAGUAACCCGCAAAUGAAGGUCUACGACACUCUUUCACGAUACUCUCACGACAAUGACAAUGACGUUGCCAUCAACGCAAUCUUCGCAAUGGGUCUCUGCGGUGCUGGCACAAACAACGCCCGUCUUGCACAAUUGCUCCGACAACUAGCGAGCUACUACCACCGCGACCCCAAUGCCCUCUUCAUGGUGCGCAUAGCCCAAGGUCUCUUGCACGCAGGAAAGGGCACGCUUUCGCUCAACCCCUUCCACACGGACCGACAGGUACUAUCUCGCGUCGCCGCCUCAGGCCUCCUCACCGUCCUCGUCUCUCUCAUCGACGCAAAGUCCUUUAUUGUCGGCGACUCACAUUACCUGCUCUACUACCUGACCACGGCCAUGGCACCGCGCUUCCUCAUCACACUCGAUGAGGAACUCAAGCCGCUUAUCGUCAACGUUCGCGUUGGUCAGGCAGUGGAUAUUGUAGGCCAGGCAGGUCGGCCAAAGACCAUUACCGGAUGGCAGACACAGAGCACGCCUGUGCUACUGGCACACGGCGAGAGGGCCGAGCUCGAAGACGAAAAGUAUAUUAGUUUGACUAAUGUGCUGGAGGGCGUUGUCAUUCUGCGUAAGAACCCAGAAUGGGAAGACUGA